UACACUAGGUUACCAUCGUUCCACAACAAACAACAAACACGAAGCAUCGUUCCAAACCGUUCCAUCACCAUCGUUACCUUCAGUACCAAAGACGAAACAAGCACAAUCGUUCAAAAUAGAAACUCGAGUCCAAAUCGCGACCUCGACUUCUGUUAAUAAGAAACACAAUUUCUAUGUUUCGAAACCAAAAGUUCGUGACCUCAGUUUCUGUUAUCUUCAGCUCCAAAUCGAAACACAGAAGACUUUGUUCGAUUCGAUCUUGCGGUGGGAAGAAGGUUUUGAAAUCUUCACAGUUUUAUUCAAUCAUUAUCAAAACAGUUAAAUACGGCUUUUGACAAAGAAGUAGGAUGGUUCUAAAUUUUGAUGCAUCCUUUUCCAUUUCUAUGGCAGAAAAUCAGACUCAAAAUGAUCCACCGACGCCAACAACAAAUCCACCACAAACUAUUUACUUUGACAAUCUUCAAAACAAGAAGAAAAGGAAAGUUGGAGAACCCGAGGAUUCUAAUGUCGAUGAUUCUAAUGCUAAUGCAGAAAAUUCAGGAUGGAUGCUAGAAGAUAACAUGAAGCAAUAUGGAUUAUGGAGUGGCUGAACUGAAUUUUGAAUGGUGGAACAAACAUGAUGGUUAAAUUGAAUUUUGAAUGGUUUAUGAUUUGAAUGGUUGAACUUUAAUUUAUGUAUUAAUUUGCAGUUUUGUCUACAUGUUGAAACUUUAACAAAAUUGCUUGGUUUUGUGA